AUAUCCUUUCCUUCUUGAACUGAUUUAGUACAGCUUGAGAAUCUCUUGUUCAGCCACGAUAAUAUUUGUCAUAUAGUAGUAUCCAAUUGUAGGGCUGGGAAGUCUUCACUGAGUUAGACUUGUGUAAGCCCAUCUCGUUUGGGCUGCCUUGUGGGCUCUUUUAUUCCUUGUGCGAUUCAAUUAUUAUAUCUGCAUAAAUAAAAUUGUUAUCAUAAAAACUUGACACUAACAGUUCCUGGGAACGCAAUAGCUUGCUCAUAUUAUAUUUUUAUGAAGAAAUUCAUUAAAUAUUUAUAAAUGUGUGACUAGGAAUCCCGUUAUUAUUGAUAAUUGUAUAUUUAACUGAAGUCACUGAACGAAAAUUGAACAACAUUUUUCCCUGCUACUCCCUUUUGUUGUUGGUGAGGUCAGAAGUAUGUACAUUAUACAAUAUGCCUCUUCAAAUUUCCCUAGUGUUGACACAGUAGAGGGAGGAGGGAACCAAAGGGUUUUUUAAGGUUUUCAAGAGAAUCAGUUGCAGAUUAAAAAUCUUACUUAUAUCUAUAAACCAAAAAUAAAAGGGCUUGGAAGAUGUGUCCAUGAAGGGAGAAACAGCCCAGCAAUUUAAUUCCACUUUGCAACUUUCAUUAUUUUAGAACCAUCUAAUAUCUUUUUUUUUUUUUUUUUUUUUGCCUUCUCUUUAAUCUUGUUUUGGCAAUUACCUAUUCACUUAUAGUAUUAUUAUUUUGCUCAACAACUUAAUUAGACUCAAACUGGGGUGCUUCCUCUCUGUACAAGUUCACAAGAAAAUUCCAUCUCUUUCAUCAAUCUCAUAGUUCUUUCAUUUAGAAAGAGAAAAGAUCUAAUCUUCCUUUUUUUAUUCUCCAACAAAACUUUCAGGGGAGCCAUCUGACUGAACUGAAUAGAUAACUUUCCUCUUUAUCCUUUGUUUUCCCCUAGCCUUUCCUUUUUGUCUUUGCACAAAUUUCAAAUGUCUACUACGAGUCUCCUUAGAAACUCAAUGCCAAUGAUUGCUAUUCUUGUUCCACCAUACUUGUUAAUUGUCAGUCUUUCAGGUUAUGGUUUUCUUUCUAUUUCCAUGAUAUCUUGUGUUUUGGUUGUAUCUACUAUAGCUUUCUCAUACUCAAAAGAAAAGUCAAGUAUAUUGAAGAAAUCAGUCCAAAAUGGUAAUUCAGACAGAUUCAAGAAGGUUUAGCAGAAUAUCGAACUGGAAAUGAAAGUGUUACACAGAAGAAGGAAGUAAAAGAUCAUGGGGUGACUCAAAAUCUAUGUUGCUCGGACUCUCCAAAAAUGAUGCCGCAACUGUGCCGGAACCUCCAAACACGCACUACUACUGGAGGAUCCGACAUGCACUCGUAGACAUUUUCGAUGAGUCCGAGCGAUAUAGCUCAAAAUGAUGUUUUGGGUUCAGAGUGUGAGAGUCUUGAUGGCCACUCAUCUUCAAGUGAAGAUUCUGAACAGAGCCCACAUUGCUCUGAUGGUUCAAUUUCUGAUGAGGAAAGCUUAAUUGAAAUAACCCUUCCAAAAGGGCACUUUCUUGAUUCAGAAAAAGAUACCAAGUUAUCUUUUCAGCAUCACCAAAAGGUAUUUCAUAGCCUAGUGGAUUACCAGCUGGGAGAUAUCAGUGACAUGAAUGAGGAAGACAAUUUAAUAGAGAUUGACAUAUCCAUGGGAUCUAUCAAGCAUUCUGAAUUUGAAAUCCAAGCAUGAGUUCAAAUUUACUCCUUCUGACCCGAAAUAACUUAUCAUGCUUCGCUUCUUGAGAGUCAAUACGACUAACCUUUAUAGCUAAAUUGAAUUAGAUUUAAAAUUAGAAUUUAGGUAUUCGGAAGCAACACAAAAAGUUGUUGAACAGUGUUGGUGAAAAUGUACGUAGUUUGACUCCGAAAAAGGAGAUAUGAUGAAUAAUUUGGAAUUUUUCUAAUGUCUAAUUUGUUGAACAGUGUUUUUGAUCCUUAUGGAUUUGUGCUUCUUACUCUAAAUAUUACU